AUGACCCGCCUACAAAAGCUUGAUUUGAGUGAGGUGAACAUUAGCUCUACGGUGCCUAAUAUUUUGGCAAAUUUGUCUUCUUUGACGCACCUCGGUCUCAGAAGAUGUGGUUUUUCUGGUCAAAUCCCGUCAGACAUUUCACAAUUGUCGCACUUGUCAUCCCUUGACCUGUCCGACAAUUAUAUGUACUCUUUUGACCACUUUAUCACUUUGGAACUCAAAGAGCCCAUCCUCAAAAGCCUAGUUGCAAAUUUGACCAGCCUACAAAAGCUUGAUUUGAAUGAGGUGAACAUGAGCUCUACGGUACCUAAUAUUUUGGCAAAUUUGUCUUCUUUAACGCACCUCGGUCUCAAAGGAUGUGGUUUUUCUGGUCAAAUCCCGUCAGACAUUUCACAAUUGUCGCACUUGUCAUCCCUCGAUUUGUCUUAUAACUUUGAUUUGGAACUCAAAGAGCCCAUCCUCAGAAGCCUAGUUGCAAAUUUGACCAGCCUACAAAAGCUUGAUUUGAGUUAUGUGAACAUGAGCUCUACGGUGCCUAAUAUUUUGGCAAAUUUGUCUUCUUUAACGCACCUCGGUCUCAGCAGAUGUGGUUUGCACGGGGAAUUUCCAAAAGACAUCUUAAAGCUAUCAAAGUUACGGCAUCUUGAUGUGGGAUACAAUGAAGGCCUCACCGGUUAUUUGCCUGACUUUACGUGGAGUAGUCCGCUUGAGACAUUGAAUCUAGGCAACACGAGUUUAUCAGGGGAGCUACCCGCUUCCACAGGAAACUUUAGCUUCCUGACUUACUUGAGUAUGUCGGGUUGCAAUUUUUCGCGGUCCAUUCCAUCUUCACUUGGUAACCUCACUAAACUCACUAAUCUUUACCUUUCACAUAACGCUUUCGUGGGUAAUGUUCCGCAUUCACUUGGAAACCUUGUUCAACUAUCUUAUUUAUCCAUUUCCAACAAUCAAUUGACAGGUCCAGUCCCUUUUUGA